UCCGCCAACGUUGAUUCUUUACUGCGGCUGAAAUAUUCAUUUUUAGAGCGUUAGUGAAUUAAAAAAAAGCGGUAUAAAAACCGGAAUGUCCAACUGAUAAGGCUGAAAAUUUUUUCACUUGUUACUUACAGUAAGAUAAAUCCAUUCACCAACUUUUAUUAAAAUAAAUGUCAUUUAAACUGGGUGUUCGGAUUUAUAUGUUACUUAGUAUAUUUAAAUGCAAAAACUCCACGCGAUCAACUUGAAAUUCGACAUAUUUUCAGGCCCCUAAAAUCCGUCCAAUGAAUGAUGUCACUCGAUGCUUUGUAUUUUGAAAAGAUCACCUGGUUGUGACCUCUCUCGAAAUGUCUGGUCAAGUCUUAACAGAAUUAGCAAAUACAGUAAAACCCCUAGACAUUUGGGAGUUACACUUGAUAGAAAAUUAGCCUUCAAGCAACACAUAUCGAAGAUUGCUGCGAAACUUAAAACGGGGAACAAUAUACCUCAAAAGUUUCUGAAUACUGCUCGUCUUCCAAAAAGGUUCAAAGUAUUGCUCCAAAAUGUCCAAAAUCAGAGGCUCUGCAUAGACGAAGACAUUGCAGAUCUAGACAACAACGGCUACAUUCUAGGAAAUCUCUACUUAGACUAG